GCACGCCCACCCGCCCGCGAGUCAGCAGCGAUCCGUGCCACUCAACAACGUGGUCUUGUUAGUGCCUCGGGACGGGCCAGACAGACGCACGCACUCUCGCGGCGCGGCGAUCGCGGCGGCCAGGAGGCCCUUCGAGUGCGAGGCGAGGCGGCUGCCAGCGGGGCUCGCUAUGCACUCGGCGCGGUGUGUCGCGCGGGCGGAGACAGUGACCUCGCCGAGGAUGAUGACUUAUUAAUUCAUCUUCAGUGCAAACAGAUGUAACAGGGAUAGAAGUUUGAAAUGUGGCAUUAUUGAGAACUAUUUAUAGAAAAGAAUGCAUACCAGUUGAUACAUAAAUAAAAAAUUGUAUUACAAAUGACAAGGCAAAAUGCAGAAAAGUGCCUUCUCGCAAAGGAAAAUUGGAUACUCAUAUGAGAGGAUCAGUCAUCAGUGUUGGGUGUGACUGAGCUUUGGCAUGAAUCCCUUCCUGCAGGAGUGGGUCAUCUUUACACCCUCAUUAUACACCCCUUUACCUGCUCCUGUGGUUGCUGGACCUCCAUUACCAUCGCAAAACCACCAGCCAUACCCCAGUUGCCCCUUGCCAGGCUCGGAGAGGGCCUGGUUCCUUGGGCCAGCUCUGGUGGGAUACGGGGGAAGGUACGGUGGUAAGCGGUGUGGGAGUGGUGGCGGUGGGGGCUCAGCGGCAGCAGCAGCAGCGGCAGCAGCAGCAGCAGGAGGAGCAGCAGUAGGUGUCAGGCGAUCGCCCCGCUACGCCACCCAACAGUCUUCCGCGUCUGCAGCAUCUGUGGGCAGACCAAGGAGACAUCACACUCGGCCUCUUCACACGCACCACCACAACACAACUACUAAGCAUAAGGGAGGAAAGACUAGCACUGGAUCCGGCCAGGGCGGUGCAAGCACCAACAACGCAUCCUCACAAAAGCUUGACAACGGUGGUAGUGGUGGAGUAGACACCAACCAACAGCACGACAACGCCUCCAACAACCUCACCACCAACAACGCAACCGGCCGCCACAACCACCACGAAGCCCCCCCACCCUACUCAACUAGGUCCUCCGCUGCCGCCGCUGCUGCCGCACCUCACCAUCACCACAAUCAUCACCAUAAUCACCAUCACCACCACUCCAACCAGCGCCAUAGCUCACGAGGCCCUCGUCGUAACCGGAUGAGUAUGGGGCAAAAAGUCACAGGUAAGUUGAUCUCCGAUUUCUAUAUGUUUUUUAGAUUAUUGAGGAAGGUACUAUGAACUGUUAUAUCUUUC